GCGGUUUGUUGUUUCAACAUCAUUCAGUUAGUGGGAGGAGAAGCAGCUUCACUUUAUCUCAGAUAUGAAGGAUUAAUAUUUUAUUUUCAUGUUUAUUUUUAACGUUACACAACUUCUGUCAUGGCGUAAUGUAUAGAAGGAGUAUUUUGUUUGGAAGGAAAAUAUUCAUGUUGCGGAAGUAUUCCGGCGGUGAAAAGGGAAGGCGAGCUGGCUAACUUUUGCUAGCUAGCAAGCUAAUCCGUUAGCAACGCAUCUUAUUGAGCUAGCCGAUCUAAGCUAAGCUAAAAUCCCGAGGAUGCUCCGGUGGAUACGGCAGCAGCUGGGUUUUGACCCACCACAUCAAAGUGACACCAGAACCAUUUACAUUGCAAACCGCUUCCCUCAGCAUGGGCAUUACGUUCCACAGAGGUUUGCAGAUAACAGAAUCAUCUCCUCCAAGUACACAAUAUGGAAUUUCAUUCCCAAAAAUCUGUUCGAGCAGUUCAGAAGGAUAGCCAACUUUUAUUUCCUCAUCAUCUUCCUUGUCCAGUUAAUGAUAGAUACCCCAACUUCCCCUGUGACAAGUGGACUUCCCUUAUUUUUUGUCAUUACAGUAACUGCCAUUAAACAGGGCUACGAGGACUGGCUAAGACACAAAGCAGAUAACGAAGUAAAUGGUGCUCCGGUGUUUGUGGUGCGCAGUGGCAGUUUGGUGCAGACUCGCUCUAAGAGUAUACGAGUCGGAGACAUUGUGCGAGUAGCAAAAGAUGAGACGUUUCCGGCUGAUUUGGUGCUGUUGUCUUCAGACCGAGCAGAAGGAACAUGUCACAUCACAACAGCCAGUUUAGAUGGAGAGACAAACCUGAAGACUCACUACGCAGUACCUGAAACAGCCGUGUCCCAAACCGUGUCCCGGCUGGAGGCCCUGCAGGCCGUGGUGGAGUGCCAGCAGCCUGAGGCUGAUUUGUACAGGUUUGUUGGGAGAAUCACAGUGACACAACAUGGGGAAGAGAUCGUCAGACCUCUAGGACCUGAAAACCUCCUGCUUCGAGGGGCACGGCUUAAAAACACCAAAGAGAUAUUUGGUGUGGCUGUUUACACAGGCAUGGAGUCCAAAAUGGCUCUGAAUUACAAGUGCAAGUCUCAGAAACGCUCAGCAGUGGAGAAGUCGAUGAACACAUUUCUCAUCAUCUACCUGGCUAUCCUGCUUUUUGAGGCUGUCCUCAGCACCAUUUUAAAAUACGCCUGGCAAGCAGAGAACAAAUGGGACGAGCCAUUCUACAACAAGAAGACAGAGACAGAGCGCAACAGCAGCAAGAUUUUGAAGUUCAUCUCCGAUUUCUUGGCCUUCCUGGUUCUAUACAACUUCAUCAUCCCCAUUUCUCUGUACGUUACUGUGGAGAUGCAGAAGUUUCUUGGUUCCUUCUUCAUCGGCUUGGAUCUUGACCUCUAUCAUGAAGAGAGUGACCAGAGAGCCCAAGUCAACACCUCUGACCUCAACGAGGAGCUAGGGCAGGUGGAGUAUGUUUUUACUGACAAAACAGGGACUUUAACUGAAAACGAGAUGCAGUUUCGUGAAUGCUCCAUUAACGGCAUCAAGUACCAAGAGAUCAACAGCAAAUUGGUUCCUGAGGGAAUGACUGAGGAUGUCCCAGAUGCCAGCUCUUUUUCUCGUUUGAGCAGAGAAGAAGAGCUGUUCCUGAAAGCCGUAUCACUGUGCCACACAGUUCAGAUCAGUUAUGAUAACACUGACAGUGUAUCUGAUCCUUUUUCACAUGCUAAUGGGUUCACGUCUCAGAUGGAGUACUAUGCCUCAUCUCCUGAUGAGAAAGCCCUCGUGGAAGCCACCAAGAGGAUGGGUGUGACCUUCAUAGGAAGUAAAGGAGAAACCAUGGAGAUCAAAGCGUUCGGCAAAUCAGAAAAAUAUAAUCUCCUUCAUGUAUUAGAGUUUGAUGCAAACCGAAGGCGCAUGAGUGUGAUAUUACAGACUCCCUCAGGGGAGAAGGUGUUAUUCACUAAAGGAGCCGAGUCCUCUGUUCUUCCCUACACCAAGAGCGGAGAGAUUGAGAAGACACGAGUGCACGUGGACGAAUUCGCUCUGAAGGGUCUGAGGACGCUGGUGGUGGCCUACAGGCUCUUCAGUGCGGAGGAGUAUAAGGAAGUGGAACGGCGGAUCUAUGAGGCUCGAACGGCUCUCCAGCAAAGGGAAGAAAGGCUAAGUGAAGCCUUUAACUUCAUCGAGAAAGACCUGCAGCUGCUCGGCGCCACUGGAGUGGAAGACAAGCUGCAGGAGAAGGUCCAGGAAACAAUUGAGGCUCUGCGUUUAGCUGGAAUUAAAGUGUGGGUGCUAACAGGAGAUAAACACGAGACUGCAGUCAGUGUGAGUCUCUCCUGCGGCCACUUUCACCGUACUAUGAACAUCCUGGAACUCGUGCAGCAGAAAUCCGAUCACGAGUGUGCAGAGCAACUCCGCAGACUCGCACGCAGGAUCAAAGAGGACCAUGUAAUCCAGCAUGGGUUGGUGGUAGAUGGUGCAAGUCUGUCUCUGGCUUUACGUGAACAUGAGAAACUCUUCAUGGAAGUGUGUAAGGACUGCUCUGCUGUGCUCUGCUGCAGGAUGGCACCAUUGCAGAAAGCCAAGGUGGUUCGCUUGCUGAAGACGUCCCCAGAGAAACCCAUUACAUUAGCCAUCGGAGACGGCGCUAAUGAUGUCAGUAUGAUCCAGGAGGCCCAUGUAGGAAUAGGCAUCAUGGGAAAAGAGGGAAGGCAAGCUGUGCGAAACAGCGACUAUGCAAUCGCUAGGUUUAAAUUCCUCUCCAAGUUACUGCUCGUCCACGGACAUUUCUACUACAUUCGAAUAGCGACACUUGUGCAGUACUUUUUCUACAAGAAUGUGUGCUUUAUCACACCGCAGUUUUUAUACCAGUUCUUCUGUCUGUUUUCACAACAAACGCUGUAUGACAGUGUGUAUCUCACACUCUACAACAUCUGCUUCACCUCCCUCCCCAUCCUGGUGUAUAGUCUCUUUGAACAGCUAGUUCAUCCUCAUAUUCUACAGAGCAAGCCAGCACUUUACAGAGAUAUCAGUAAGAACUCGAUGCUGUCCUUCAAAACCUUUUUGUAUUGGACGUUCCUGGGCUUCUGCCACGCCUUUGUCUUCUUCUUUGGCUGCUACAUCCUGAUGGGAGAGGACACAAGUCUGAUGGGAAAUGGACAGAUGUUUGGAAACUGGACUUUCGGUACAUUGGUGUUUACUGUUAUGGUCAUCACAGUAACCUUAAAGUUGGCACUGGAGACACACUUCUGGACAUGGAUGAACCAUUUUGUCACGUGGGGAUCCAUCGCUUUCUACUUCAUAUUCUCCUUGUUUUAUGGGGGAAUUAUAUGGCCGUUUCUCCACACACAGGACAUGUAUUGUGUCUUUGUCCAGUUGUUGUCCAGUGGCUCAGCCUGGUUUGCGAUCAUCAUCAUCGUCAUCACCUGCCUGUUUCCUGAUGUCAUCAAGAAAGUGUUUUACAGACACUUACAGCCCACAAGCACACAGAAGUCUCAGUAUAUCGAGGCGUACCAAGGCGUUGCCUGUAUGGACUCACUGUCUUGUUUCCCAGAUGGCGGUGGUGCCUGUGGCUUUCUGGAGCGACUGAAGCGAGCCAACAGAUCGUGGAGCGACUCGGAUCCGUUCUCCUCCAACGACCGCAGUGUUCUGACCCUCUCUCCUGUGGAAGCGUCUCACUGCUAGUGUAUAAAGAAGUCCUCAGUGUCGCCCUAAACAUGAUUGUAUGCACCUCCAUCAGAACGGUCCGUCCUUCCUGAGGAAACGUGUCUGAAGCCAUACUAGCCUCUCCGCGUUACUUUUGUCCUGUCAUGUAGCAUCCUGUCACUCCAGAGAUCACUUCCAGAAGGAAGCAGACUCAUCAGCUUCGGCUUCAUCCAUCCUUCACCUUAUUUAUACGUAAAGCACGUACGCUUCAAGCUCUUCCAUGAUCCUCAGUUCAUUUCCACGCACACACCGGGCUUAUUAUUAUUUUUCUUCUGUUUCUGUUUGUUGUGUGUAUCUUGCUGAGUGAGCCUGUAGACUGCAUGUGGCUCCUCAGCUCUCAGAGGCCUUUGGGUUACUAUGGCAACCAUUAGUCACUUUAGAAACAUGAUUUAUUUCAGCAGGUCAGGAACAGUUUGACCAAAGAUUAAAAA